AUGAAUUUAUCAUUUUCAGCUACAUCUGACCCACCUCCGACCCGGCCAUGGAUUCCUACGGCUUCACUGAAUGAAUCACGACCUUCGUGUAUUUUCACGGUGAUGACGUACAACGUUUUGAGUAACUCAUAUGCUACUCCAAAAAUGUACGGAUAUUGCCCGAAGGAGUGCCUGGAUUGGGAAGUCCGAGGACAGAACUUGAUGUCGGAAAUUUGUUAUUACAACAAUGACAUAAUCUGCCUCCAGGAAGUCGAGAUAGAGCAGUAUGAUAACUUUUUCCUUCCCAACCUCCAGAGCAUGGGAUACGAGGGAGUCUUUGCUCAAAAGUCGCGAGCUCUGACGAUGUCGGAGCCAAAGAGACGGCUCGUCGAUGGGUGUGCAAUUUUUUGGAAAAUUAAUAAAUUUUCCUUGGAAACGUCAAAGCUUGUAGAGUACAAAGCUCUGGCAUUGCAGGGUCGUGCCGACUCCUCCGACAUGUUAAAUCGUGUCUGGAGUCGCGAUAACAUCGGGCUGUUAGCUGUUUUAAAAACUACUGCAGCCGCCUGGACUCAUAGACCACUAGUUGAGCUAAGUAAUAUUGAGCAGCUGGUUGUAGUAGCCAAUACACACUUACAUUGGGACCCAAAAUUUCCGGAUGUUAAAACCAUCCAAUCUAUGAUGCUAACCAGAGAAAUCAUCUCCAUGGUAGAGAACGUAAGGAGAUCUUUUAGUUGUCAUGAAAGAAUCCUUAAGUUCUCAGACGUCAAGGUGGUGCUCUGCGGUGAUUUUAAUUCGCUGAUGGAUUCUGGGGUAUUUGAGUUCCUGUCAACGGGUCAACUGCCGUUGAGUCACCCUGAGUUCCAGGGUUUUAAUUAUACCAACGCAAUUGUGAACAUGAUGGGUGGAGAAAGUUGUGGCAGAAUUACCCACCCGCUAAAUCUGUCAUCAGCCUGCAGUCCGCAGAUUAUGCCGUAUACUAACUACGCAUACGGAUUCAAGGCGAUGAUUGAUUAUAUCUUUUAUUCGUCCUCCAACAUGGUCUGCCUUGGAGUCUACGGCCCCAUUCCGCAAGAAUGGUUCGAUAUGUUUAGUGUGGUGGGCUGUCCGCACCCUUUUGUUCCAUCUGAUCAUUUCUCGGUGAUAGCGGCAUUUCAAUUGACUGCUUGA